AUGGAGGGAGUGGAGGCUCCUCCGGAACAGGAGACACAGAUGGAGAGACUUGGGAGAGGGGAAGUGGGGAGAGGAGAGUGGCUGGUCAGACCUACUCUGUUCAGAAGGAAGCACCUUCAAACCCCACAGAAAAAGAGACCCACCCUGACCGAGUUGGUUCCAGAGGGGGUCAUCCUGGACAAAAAAGUGGGGACUCAAGAGACAGAUAUCAACACAGGGCCACGUGGAAAAGAGAAACAAAGAGAUAAGCAAGAUAUGGCUGACAAAAAGGGUGGACGAAAACCCAAAAAAAAUGGCAAAGGAAUCAAACCGACCAAAAAGAAAGAGAAGGAGAAUAAAUCUCUCCUUGUGGAGCAGAAAGUUGACUUUCCGGAACCUUUAGUGAAAGCCCACCAGGCUAUGUAUGCCUAUUUGAACCCAAGCAUCAACAAAUAUGAGAUUCUGCUGGGGCUCCUGGACCAGGCGACCCAAACCCAGGUGUCUGUGCAGCCAAUGGUGACCUUCAUGGCUAUGCGCUACGAGGAAAUCAACCGAGGGCUGGAGGAAAUGGCAGACGAGGGUGAAAGGCUUCUGAAGGACAAUGGGGAGCAUCUCGCCUGGCCAAGCCCAAUGAAAAACCUAUCCAGUUUUCCCCCUCUGAAGUUUGGAUCCACCAAUGCUGAGCCUUCACCAGACCUCUUGCAGCAGCUACUUCAGUAUACCACUCAAAGGAUGCAAAAUGUGAACCAGUCUGUGGGUGGCAUUGGGGACUCUGCCUUAGAGGAGGCAGCUGAGUACUUCAUCUCUGUCUCUGAGCUGCUGGAGGAGAAAUUAAAAGCUAAGCGUAAGGUGGAGACAAGACUGAUGCAGUUGCUGACUCGCAUUGAGGCUGCCUCACUCCGUAAGCCCGGACCAGAGGACUCUGCAUUGUUCAGUGAGGACAGUGGAAUUGGGGCCGAGAGCGAGUCACUGGCUGGGUCUGAAAGAGUUCGCCGUGGAAGCUGUGAGUACACUGCGACCAACCGAACCACUCCUUACAGUCCUAUUGGCACCAAUGCUACCCCAGUCCAGCAAGGGGCACCAAGGCAACAUUUUACUAAGAAGGUGAGCCCCAGCAACUCCCUAAACUCCAUAGACUCAACCUGCACCACAAUGGGUAAAGAGCAGAAAGACACAGAGUCACUAUUAGGAUCUGCCUUUUUAGAUGAUGGUGAGGAGGAUGACGAUGAUGAGGAGGAGGGGGAAGAAGAGGGAGAAGGUGGCAGGAAGCGAUCUAACUCUUCACCAUCUGAUCCUAACCAGCAACCUCAUCGCCUGGCACCCAGGCGCAUAGAGAACCCUCAAAAUGUGGAAAUGACCCUGAAAAUGAAAGAUGCCAUAAGUGGUCGGAUUAGAUAUGUUCCCUCACAAUGUGACAGUGCCAAAACUAAACCAACAGACAGCCCCAAGAUCAGCAGGCGCCAGUGGACAGAUGGGGAGGAGCGAUCACCAAAAAGGCCCCAAACUGCAGCCCCUGUACAGAGGGCAAUUAAAAAGACCCCUGUUCCCAAAGAGUGCCGUUCACAGUCUGCCGAAUCCCUCCACAGCAAAGGUGAAGAUCCAACACUUCUUGAACUUGAGAGGACACAGAGGGAUCUGAGUCAGAGGCUAGAGAGGAUGAGCAAAGGCAGGAUGGAAGGGAAUGCUAAUACAGGUCCCGCUAAACAGAACCCAGGAGAUACUGCAAAGUCCCCGGCAUCCAAUCGUCUACAAUCCACCCUGCAGAAGAACAACAACACUCUUCCAAUUCAGGACAAGGCAGGGCUCACUAAGCAUAGCUCCUGGGAACAGGGGGCAACCAAGGACAUGGAGGAGGAAAAUAAAAAGAAAGACAAGAAAACCCCCAAGGGGCAGUUGAAAGCCACCCCACCUCCUAGCCCUCCACUGUCACCUCGUCCGUCCUCAGGAUUGUACCGGGGAAGGAAAUCUGUCAAAAGGCUGAUUGAUACCUUCAGCCAGGGGGUGGACGAGCCCAAACAAGAGGCCUCCAAAGUGUUAGGGCCUAUCAAAGGGGUUCGAGAGUGUGGGGUCCCUGUUAUGCCUGGAGUAGGUGACAUCGAGGCCAUACUGAGCAGUGGGGUCAGCAGUUGUAGGACAGAUGACUUUGACCUACAAAGUCUGCCACCCCCUCCUCUUGAGGUCCUGAUGGACAAUUCCUUUGAAGAUGCACAAAGCCUCACAGUAAGCGAAGUAGAUGAUGGGGUUGCAAGUAGGGGUCGAUCCCCUGUUCCCAAGAGGGCUACGGCAUCUCAGAAGCUCCGUGCCUCCAUGCAGUCUGUGACAUUGCUACCCAGCAGAGGCAACCUGCCCCAGGGCUCUAGCAGCAUGUCCCCUGCCCGGACUGUACGGCAGGAUACCUCUGCUAGUUCCAGGAUUAGCCACCAUGAGCCUCAGCUGGAGGUAGACCCCGAGACAGAGGAGGCGGCCACUCUCUACAAGCAAGCCAGAAAAGUCAUCCACUUGCGGCACUCCUCAGAGUCUCCAAUGGAGAAAGGUCAGGCUGUGCCCAGGAGGCCCUCUCCCAAUCGAGCAGCAUCGGGAAGGAGACAGAGCGAUGACUGCCCCUUCGAGACAGUGCCUCCCUCUUCAACCGUCAAUAGCCAACCACCUGCCACCCUGCCUAUAUCUAGAGCUCGAAUGCUGCCUUCCACACCUUCAACCCCAACCGGCUUGCAUCGAAGACUCCCAAGCCCACCUGCCUCAAGACAAGUAAUGACCCCAAACUCCACCUCUUCUGGCUCCACACAUUCUUUCAAGGCACCCUCACCACCAGCGUCCCCUAGGGUACAAAGAUGGAGACGAGAGAACAGCAUCAACGACUCCACACCAGCGGCUUCAGCUAUCUCUCAGUUAAUCAGUAACGCUCGCUCUGUUUUCUGCCCGGCCUCGCCCUCACUGUUUGAGGCCCAACCCUGUCCCGUACCCCGCCCCCCCCAGACUUGGGCAUCCACCGGUGGCCAUGUAGUCCCACGUCCCUGGGGAGAUCGUGGCAGGCUCCCUAUGUCUGUGCGAGGGCCACAGCCUUUCAUCCGACGCAGCCAGUCAGACCAGAGGCCCAGUCUAAGCCUGCCGCCCAGGGCAACCAUCGUCUCAUUCGCAGAGACUUGUGGGAGUGAGCCAACUAUCAGCACACAAGGGUGA